AUGAACUUAUGGCUCCUCGCCUGCCUAAUGACCUGCUUCAUAGGCACCUGGGCCCCUGCUGUCCAAGCUCAAGGUGUCUUUGAGGACUGCUGCCUGGCUUACCAUCCCUACAUCAAGCAGACUGUCCUCCGGCGGGCCCAUAGUUACCAUCUCCAGGAUGUGAGUGGGAGCUGUAACCUACCCGCUGUGAUAUUCCACUUCCCUCGCAGACAUAAGAUGGUGUGUGGGAACCCAAAGGCCAAGUGGGUACAAAAUGGGGUGAGGUUACUGAAUCAUCGGAAAAAGCAUCACCAAGGCACCUCGGGAAACUUCCAAGGCUCUCACACUACUGAGAAGAAGCUGAGCUCUGGAACCUACAGGGUUCCACCCUCCUUGUUUAGAGGUGGCAUCGGAAGCAGCAAGAGGAAUGCCUCCCUCCCAACAAUAGCUAAUCCAGGACUGUGAGACUGCACAUCUCCAGGAUCAAUCAACUCAAGAUGGGCUGGAGUUUCUCCACCGUGACUGUUGCCUUGCAGCCCCCCAAUUGCUCUAUCCUUCAAGCCAACUCUCCAAGCCUGUACCCAAGUCUGCAUUGGUCUCUCACCCCGCCACCUCCUGCUCCUUAGGCAGCUGUAAGGAGGGAGCCCUUUGUUUUCUUUGAGAACCAGAGCCUGCCCUGGCCAACGGUUCUGAUGGACAAUCAUCAAGGAUCACCACCCAUUUGCAGUCUUUUGUCACCUACUCU